UAUCGUUUUGGUUUCAGUAUUUGUCCCGACGAGAUGAGAUCUACCCCUGAUAAUCCGUGAAGAUCAACUGUUAACCACUCAAUCAACCCUCCAAGUUCAACACUCAAACUACGAAUCCAACGUGGCACCAAUCUAUUGGACCCUUUAUCUAUGAAAAGCCCUUUUGGCUCUCUUUAUAUCUUCCUUCAUUGGAGACCAUUUUAGCACUAAACCAAAAAUGAAAAUGGGGUCUCUUUUUACUCCUCUGCUCCUUCCACUCUUUUGUCUUUGCCUUACUCUCAUCUCACCCACACAUUCCACGGAUUGUUCAUCGCUCAAACUCUCCGGUGGCAAAAAACAAUACUCCAAUUGCACCCACCUCCCCACCUUGAACGCAACCCUCCAUUUCACCUACAAUGCCACCAAUUCUUCCCUUUCCAUAGCCUUCUCAGCACCUCCGGCUAAAUCCGGCGGUUGGAUUGCUUGGGCCGUCAACCCCACGGGGACAGGCAUGGCAGGUUCACAAGCCCUCCUGGCUUUCAAAAACAAUGGAUCUAUGGUUGUUAAAACCUACAACAUAAGCUCCUACAGUUCCAUUGUGGAAGGGAAGCUUUCUUUCGAUGUUUGGGACUUGGAAGCCGAAGCCGGCAGCGAUGGGAAGAUGGUUUUAUAUGGUUCAUUGAAAGUGGAGGAAAGUGCGGAGAAGUUGAACCAGGUGUGGCAAGUUGGGCCAGGGAUCGCUGAUGGUCACCCGAUGAAGCAUGAGUUUGAUAAAGCCAAUCUGGGUUCCGUGGGAGAGUUGCAGCUGGUGGAGAAACUCACUCCAUCAUCCCCUUCCCCAUCUCCACAGGUUGCUAAUGCUAACUCAGGAUAUGGGUUGAGGGUUACCCAAUUAAAUGUAGGAUUUUGGAUCCUGGGUUUGAUUUACUUCAUAGUUUUCAUGUGAUUUUAAGCAGAGUACAGUAAUAAAAAGGGGGGGGGGGCAUAAUGAAUGAUUUUAGCACGAAAUAUCAAUUGCCUUUUUUUAUCUUCCAUUGUAUGAUGACAUUUUUUCCCACUGUAAUCAUGUUUCUUGUCUUGAUUGAAGUUAAAAUAGGUUGCAUAUCAUGAAAUAUUCAUGAAAAUAUUCUCACCUUUAUUAUGUACGAAGCACUGGUACUGGUAGGUAGACCCUGAAAUUAGCGUCUUACAUAAUGAAUUAAUUGUCGUUUCCUUUUACUACUUCAUAAA